AUGGAUGGGGAUUUAUACGAUGAGUUCGGUAAUUACAUCGGUCCGGACCUAGAAUCGGACUCUGACGAUGAGCAGAGUGUAUACGGACAAGAUAAUCGCGAUGCGGACGAAGAUGCGAUGGAGGAAGAUGAGGAUGCCGACGCCGAGCCCGAAGUGGCCCCAAUGUCUGUUGUUCUGCAUGAAGAUAAGAGGUACUACCCACAAGCAAUAGAAGUCUAUGGCCCAGAUGUAGAAACAGUAGUACAAGAAGAGGACACACAGGCUUUAGACAAGCCACUUGUGGAGCCAGUCAAGCACAAGAAGUUUCAAAUGCAAGAACAGCAGCUACCCGAGACAACAUACAAUAUGGAGUACUUGGCUGACAUGCUUGAUAAUACUAACUUGAUAAGGAACAUCACUUUGAUGGGGCAUCUACAUAACGGCAAAACUUCCUUCGUGGACUGCCUCAUGCGUCAAACUCACCCCAGCACUAUCAACCAUGAGACAACCAUACCAAUGCGUUACACAGAUACAUUAUUUGUGGAACAAGAACGUGGUGUCUCCAUAAAGUCAAUGCCCGUUACACUCAUGCUGAAGGAUAUAAAAGGGAAAUCACAUCUACUUAAUAUCAUGGACACGCCUGGUCAUGUUAAUUUCAGUGAUGAGGUUACUGCUGCACUUAGGAUAUCAGAUGGUGCAGUACUAUUCGUGGACGCGGCGGAAGGUAUAAUGCUGAACACAGAGCGACUGCUCCGACACGCGGUCCAAGAACGUGUACCGCUAACCAUAUGCGUCAAUAAGAUCGACCGUCUCAUCCUGGAGUUGAAGCUACCGCCCGCAGACGCGUACUAUAAGUUGAGGCAUAUCAUAGACGAGCUGAACACCAUGAUAGAUACCCACCAACCUCAAGAUAACCCAGACGAGCCUGCCACUGUGUUCUCACCUUUAUUAGGUAACGUCUGCUUCGCCUCGUCGCUGUACGACGUCUGCUUCACCCUCGAGUCGUUCGCGGCGAUGUACGCGUCCGCCCACGACUGCGGCCUGCGCGCGUCUGACAUGGCGGCGUGGCUGUGGGGCGACGUAUACUUCAACGCUAAGACGCGUCGCUUCACUAAGAAGCAACCGCACGCUUCGGCGCAGCGGAGCUUCGUCGAGUUCAUACUCGAGCCGCUCUACAAGAUCUUCGCGCAGGUUGUUGGUGACGUAGACGACACCCUGCCAGCAGUAUUGUCGGAACUGGGCAUCAAACUCACUAAGCAAGAGGCCAAACUGAACGUGCGUCCACUGCUGCGACUAGUGUUUAGCCGCUUCUUCGGCGACUUUUGUGGUUUAGUGGACAUGGUUAUAAACCACGUGCCAUCGCCAUUGGACGCGGCGCCGCGGAAGGUUGCGCACGCGUACCGCGGCGUCGCGGGGCCCUUGCAUAGCGACAUGAUCGCGUGCGACCAGUCCGGCAGAUUGGUGGCGCACACCACCAAGAUGUACCCCACAGAUGACUGCACUUUCUUCUUGGUGCUAGCUCGCAUAAUGUCGGGCACGUUGUACGCGGGUCAAACAGUUCGGGUGUUGGGAGAGAAUUAUAGCACCCAAGACGAAGAGGAUUCACGGAUUAUGAACGUCGGACGAUUGUGGAUAUACGAAGCGCGUUAUAAGGUUGAACUCAAUCGUAUACCAGCCGGUUGCUGGGCCUUGAUCGAGGGUAUCGACCAGCCGAUAGUGAAAACCUGCACCUUAGUUUCCGCUGAUGAGGAGGAGGAAUUACACACCUUCAAACCCUUGCGUUUUAACACUCAAGCCGUGGUCAAGAUAGCUGUGGAACCGGUCAAUCCAUCUGAGCUACCCAAAAUGCUGGAUGGACUCAGAAAGGUAAACAAAUCUUACCCGGUCCUGUCGACGCGUGUAGAGGAGAGUGGCGAGCACGUGGUAUUGGGUACUGGCGAGUUAUACUUAGACUGCGUUAUGCACGAUCUACGUAACAUGUACUCUGAGAUCGAUAUUAAAGUCGCAGACCCAGUGGUGUCGUUCUGCGAGACAGUAGUGGAAACUUCGUCGCUGAAGUGCUUCGCGGAGACACCAAACAAACGCAACAAGUUAACUAUGAUCGCGGAGCCGCUAGAGCGUGGGCUCGCGGAGGACAUCGAGGCAGGAGCUGUGUGUGUCACGUGGGACCGGCGUCGUCUCGGAGAGUUCUUCCAGACCAAAUACGAUUGGGAUUUGCUAGCGGCGCGUUCAAUUUGGGCCUUUGGACCCGAUGCAACGGGUCCCAACAUUCUGGUAGACGACACGUUGCCGUCUGAAGUAGACAAACAUUUACUAGCCUCCGUAAAGGAUAGUAUUGUUCAAGGUUUCCAGUGGGGCACGAGAGAAGGGCCGCUGUGCGAGGAGCCGAUCCGUAACGUGAAGUUCAAAAUCCUCGACGCAGUUAUAGCUCAGGAGCCGUUACACCGAGGCGGUGGGCAGAUAAUUCCUACUGCUAGAAGGGUGGCAUACUCAGCGUUCCUGAUGGCAACACCUCGAUUGAUGGAGCCAUAUUUAUUCGUGGAAGUACAGGCGCCAGCGGACUGUGUGUCGGCCGUCUAUACAGUACUUGCGAAGAGGAGAGGUCACGUGACCCAAGACGCUCCCGUGCCAGGGUCACCGCUUUACACUAUCAAAGCGUUCGUACCGGCGAUAGAUUCGUUCGGCUUCGAAACUGAUCUGCGCACGCACACCCAAGGUCAGGCCUUCUGCCUGCAAGUGUUCCACCACUGGCAGAUCGUGCCGGGUGACCCUCUGGACAAGAGCAUAAUUAUUAGGCCCUUGGAACCGCAGCCCGCAACUCACCUAGCGCGCGAGUUCAUGAUCAAAACGCGCCGGCGGAAGGGGCUGAGCGAGGACGUUUCCAUCAACAAGUUCUUCGAUGACCCCAUGUUGCUGGAGCUCGCUCGGCAAGAUGUACAAUUCAAUUAAAUAUUAAAUAUUCUAUA